CACCCACACCUUGUCGCCUCGGUCACAUGACUAAAUGCCCAGAGGCACCUGACUGACACGGUCUGACAGUGCUGUGCCAUCGGAUCCAGUGUUAUGGACGUCAUGUUUAUGAUUACCUGUGGACGAUACAUUCGUUCAAAUCUGUAUUUGUUAUUACUAAUCAUCGUCCAGUUUGGCCCACACACAGUGGAGGGAGUAUGGCCAUUACCACAGGCUUUCACCUCCUCAUCGGAGCGAUACCCAGUGAACUCACAGGAUUUCUACUUUGUUUACGGAAGACAAUCAGCUGCACAGCAGGGCUGCUCUGUUCUGGAUACUGCUUUUAAGAGAUACUUUUCACUUAUUUUUCCAAACCACAAGUCUGCGGAUGGUGUUCUGGGAUUCAGUAAGCGUAAACUGUUUAUUGUGGAGACCAGCGUCGACCAUGGCGAUUGUGAGGGUUACCCAAAUGAGGACUCUUCUGAGAGAUACAAUCUGAGUGUCUCUGCGGGAAAAGCAACUCUUAAUGCGGAAACCGUUUGGGGAGCUGUAAGAGGUCUGGAAACGUUCAGUCAGCUGGUGUAUCAAGAUGAUUUUGGCUCAUAUUUUGUGAACAAGACAGAAAUUGACGACUUCCCCCGGUUUCAGUUCAGGGGGAUAUUGUUGGACAGCUCACGCCACUUCUUACCCGUGCAGGCCAUUUUAAAAACUCUGGAUGCAAUGGCCUACAGUAAGUUCAAUGUGUUUCAUUGGCACAUUGUUGAUGACCCCUCCUUCCCUUACCAGAGCAGCACAUUUCCAGACCUUUCCAGUAAGGGGGCUUUCCACCCGAUGACUCACAUCUACACACAGUCAGACGUGAGAAGGGUGAUCUCAUAUGCCAGGCUGUGGGGAAUAAGGGUCCUUCCUGAGUUUGAUUCACCCGGGCACACCAAAUCUUGGGGAAAAGGACAGCCUGACCUGUUAACUCCCUGCUACAGAGGGGGCACCCCUUCAGGUACGUUUGGCCCUGUUAAUCCAGCGUUACCCUCCACGUACCGGUUCAUGGCGAGACUAUUUAAAGAAGUGUCUUCAGUGUUUCCUGAUUCCUAUGUCCACUUAGGAGGGGAUGAGGUCGACUUUCACUGCUGGCGAUCCAACCCUGAUGUCCGAGCAUUUAUGCAGAAGAUGGGAUUUGGAGGAGACUUCACCAAGCUGGAGGCAUUCUACAUAGAAAACAUUGUGAACAUCACUUCAGCUCUCAACAAAACCUCUAUUGUGUGGCAGGAUGUGUUUGACUAUCAUGAACGACGUACCUCUCUGUCAGUGGUGGAGGUAUGGAGAGCGGGCUGUUACCUGUGUGAAGUGCGCAGGGUGGUCAAAGCAGGGCUCAGGGUGAUUUUGGCCUCUCCAUGGUAUCUGGACCAGCCAGGACCUACACACAACUGGGCACGCUACUACACUGUGUGGCCCCUUGCAUUCAAGGGCAGUGAGGAGCAGAAAAAGCUGGUGAUAGGGGGUGAGGUCUGCAUGUGGGGAGAAUAUGUUGAUGCCACCAAUCUCACUCCACGCCUUUGGCCAAGGGCAAGUGCUGUAGCAGAGAGACUGUGGAGUGAUGAGAAGCAGACCUCCAGUGUGGACAAAGCAUUUCCUCGUUUGCAAGACUUUCGCUGCAAGCUCCUGAGACGUGGCAUCCAAGCAGAGCCUCUGUAUGUUGGACACUGCAAACAUGAGUACCAAGGUAUUUGAAGCUGCUGGAUGGAUUAAUAUUGCAAGAUUUUUCUGGAGAAUGUUUGAACUAAUAAAGUUCAGACAGUAUUUUGUUUCUUAGCUGAUUCUGGAAAGUAAAAAUCUUUUUAUUUAUUUAUUUAUUUUAUUUUUAUUUAUUAAAAUUUGUGUAAAAUCUUUAAUAAAGAUUUUGUUUUCAGUUUCAAGUAAUGAAUUGGAGAUUUUAGGUCAGUUAUUAUAUGUACACUGAAAGGUUUUCUCACGGAGUUACCUCAUCACCAGUCUUUUACCCAGGUACUUGAGUAAACACAUUUUUAUUUUAGACUUUGCAUAUUGAGCAGUCACAGUAACGUUCACAAAGACCUUCUUAAAUACCAAAGUGCGCCACUGCAAUCCAAUUUGAAUUGUAUUUGAUGCAAAAUGUCUGCAAAAUAUAGCAUAUAGGUUUUUCACUUAAAUAUUUACAAUACCAGUGUGUUUUAGUUUGUAAAAAAAAAAACUUUGUGUUUUGUUUUAUUGCAUUGAAAUGUAAUAAAAUAAUGUUGGCGUGCAGACAUUGUUUAUGUGUUUUCUCUCUUAACAGCUGUUUCUGUAAUACAACUUUACAUGUUGUAUCAACACAUACUGUGACCAAAAUGGCUGGAUUAACAGUGGAUUACGAUGCUGAUCCUUUUUCACACAGAUUGGCAUUUUAACUUUUCCAGGUUGUUCAUUUCUUUAUGGAGGAACCCAAAACACAUACACUGAACACAGCAACUCAAUUCAAUUUAAUUUUAUUGAAAUAUGUACAAAAUAUGUUUCGGAGAGCUCUGUUAGUUUAUCAUCAUGUGCCACACCCAUCCUCUUAAAUUUGGUUCAAAUGAGGAAGACCACAAAAAACCCUUUAACGGGAAAAAAACUGGGAGAAACCUCAACAUGAGGAUGGAGGGAUUAGCUCUCAAUGUAUAUGCCACACUCCAUGUACAAACUUCUACUGCAGUGGUCGAAUUGCAAUGGAAAAAUAAUAAUAGAGAUUAUAAUGAUUUCCAGUUUACACAAGAGCUCGACCACACAACCUCCUUUGUAGACCUGGAAAGAAGAUAGUCAACACAUUCACGCUCAAGCCAAAACUCAAGACACCAUUCAUACAAAGACAAGAGAAGAGGUGUUAGGAUUUGCAAUUAAUCACAGAUAACAUAAUGCAAAAAACAAAAAGUCUUGAUUUGAGAUUUGACAUAACCUAUACCCUGAACAUUUACACUCGACAGGUUGAGAACUUGCAAAAUAGCACCAUAAUAAUAAUAAAAUUAAUGACAUUGUUAUAGUAAGUGUAAAGUAUGGAAGCCCUAAAGGGAUAUGCAUUCAUACAUUUUAUUAACCUCUGUUUUCCCAUGAUAACGAGUUAAUUUCUUUAGUUUUUUUUAGAUUUUAGAGUUGUUAUCUUGAAAUUACAACUGCUGUUUUCCCAAGUUAACGGGAUAAUUUUCUCAAGAUCUCAAGAUAACGAAACUUUUUUUCCCUGAGAUAACAAUAUAAUUAAUUCAAGCUCUCGAGAUAAUGACUGUGAUAUGAUAUGAUGUGUGAUUUCCAUCACACACAAGUGGCAUGGCAUGCAGCCCAAUGGGUUUAUAGAUAAUAGACAAAUUAGUGUGCGUAAUCUAAAAAGACGGUUAGCCAGGUCCUCGGGACCUCGUAGCUGGUCAGCUGUGUAGUUAAUGACGACAUCAGGCUCAUUUAGAUUGUGCCGCCGAUCUAGCUGAAGACGUGCUAACCGUAUUUUUAGGUUAUGCACACUAAUGUGUAUAUUAUCUGUAAUAGGAAGGCAUAAUGCUAUUUCAGCAUGUGUUAGGCCUUGAUUAAGAAGAUAUGUGAUAUGCUCAUGCCCCUGACAUUGACAUUGCUACACUGAAUGAUGUUUCCUGCAAUGAUUUAAUAUAUUACACCAUCGUUUUGUUUUCUCAAGAUCUCAAAUUAAUUAUAUUGUUAUCUCGGGAAAACAAAGUUUUGUUCUCUCGAGAUCUUGAGAAAAAAUAUCCUGUUAUUUUGGGAAAAUGGAGAAAAUAAAAUGUAUGAAUGCAUGGCCUUUGAGGGCUUUUGUAGUGGAGAGACUGUCAGAAAAAUAAAGAAGUGACACAGAAACCUCUGGAUGCCCCUGGAUAUCACAGGAGCGCAGCCAUAAAGCCUCCUGAGUAUACCUGGAUAGAAAAAAGACUAUACUUUCACACUCCACGGGACAGUUACCAUUCACACAAGAGCAGAUAACAGAAAAGAAAAAACUAUGGAGUCAGAAGACCUGGAAUAGAGAAAAACACAAUAAAAAAAAUAGAACACUGUCUUACGACAGCCCCAUGAGUGGGCAAGGUAAAAUCUCCUGAAACCCCAUUAGUUAAGGCAAGUUUGAGGAAGGCUUGGACAGGACAAAAGCAAGACCGUCCUCCAAAUCUUGCAGAUCUCAGUGUAGUUUGCAACAAUCAACUUACAACAAUUGCAUCACUGAGGCAAUAGUUGAAAGCUGCUUUGAGAAAAAGGGCCCAAGAGGGACCUGCUUCCAGGGUGAAGUGGUGUCUUGACAUUCACAAAUACAAAAAGCAUGACACUAAAAAAAAAAAAAAGAAAUCAUGACAUCCCCUCAAGUGGACAUGGUUAAUCCUCCUGAAAAACUACUCAUGUAGUAAAAUUGGAGGGAUCCUUGGGAAGAAACACACAAGAGGGACCCUCUUCCAAGGCCUGCAGACAUCGUGAUGUUACAAAUUGAAGAAAUUACAUUUGCAGAAAAAAAAAAAAAAAAAGUAACGGCAGAUUCUGACACCACUCUCCACUGAGCAAAGAUCAGCUUCCAACUACAUCAGUCAGGCAAUGGUUGAAAUCUGCUUUGGGAAAAUGGACACAGGGCAGUCCUCUUUCAGAGCGUUACGGUGUUUUGCCAUGAAAAAUUGGAGUUUCGCAAGAACUCAACAGUCGAACGCAACAAGUGGCCCAAAACGGACGGUAAGAGAAUUAUGAUCGAUUUGGUAUGUGUUCAAAUGUACGCGUUCCAAUGAGAAAACCUACACAAUAACAUUAUAGGAACUUUGCAAACAAUUGCAAAAUGAUACCAUUUACAAGUUUAAUCAAAUAACUUUCAACAACUGCAUCACUGAGGUAAUGGUUGAAAGCUGCUUUGGGAAAAUGAGCCCAAGAGGGACCUCCAUCCAGGGUGAAGUGGUGUCUUAACAGUCACAGAUGCAAAAAUUAGAACAAACAACCUCCAGAAACUAUGUAUCAUGACAUCCCCCUCGAGUGGCAAGGUUAAACCUCCUGAAAAACUACUCAUGUAGUAAAAUUGGAGGGAUCCUUGGGAAGAAACACACAAGAGGGACCCUCUUCCAAGGCCUGCAGACAUCGUGAUAUUACAAAUAGAAGAAAUUACAUUUGCAGAAAGAAAAAAAAAAAAAGAAAAAAGGAACGGCAGAUUCUGACACCACUCUCCACUGAGCAAAGAUCAGCUUCCAACUACAUCAGUCAGGCAAUGCUUGAAAUCUGCUUCGGGAAAAUGGACACAGGGCAGUCCUCUUUCAGAGCGCUAUGGUGUUUUGCCAUCAAAAAUUUGAUUUUCACAAGAACUUAACAGUCGAACGCAACAAGUGACCCGAAAUGGACGGUAAGAGGAACAUGAUCGAUUUGGUAUGUGUUCAAAUGUACGUGUUCCAAUGAGAAAACCUACACAAUAACGUUAUAGGAACUUUUCAAAUAAUUGCAAAAUGAUAUAAUUUACAAGUUUAAUCAAAUAACUUUCAACAACUGCAUCACUGAGGUAAUGGUUGAAAGCUGCUUUGGGAAAAUGGGCCCAAGAGGGACCUCCAUCCAGGGUGAAGUGGUGUCUUGACAGUCACAGAUGCAAAAAUUAGAACAAAUAACCUCCAGAAACUAUGUAUCACGACAUCCCCCUCGAGUGGCAAGGUUAAACCUCCUGAAAAACUACUCAUGUAGUAAAAUUGGAGGGAUCCUUGGGAAGAAACACACAAGACGGACCCUCUUCCAAGGCCUGCAGACAUCGUGAUAUUACAAAUUGAAGAAAUUACAUUUGCUGAAAAACAAAAAAAAAAAGUAACGGCAGAUUCUGACACCACUCUCCACAGAGCAAAGAUCAGCUUCCAACUACAUCAGUCAGGCAAUGGUUGAAAUCUGCUUCGGGAAAAUAGACACAGGGCAGUCCUCUUUAUGAGCGCUACAGUGUUUUGCCAUGAAAAAUUAUAUUUUCGCAAGAACUCAACAGUCGAACGCAACAAGUGACCCAAAACGGACGGUAAGAGAAAUAUGAUCGAUUUGGUAUGUGUUCAAAUGUACGCGUUCCAAUGAGAAAACCUACAUAAUAACUUCAUGGGAACUUUGCAAAUAAUUGCAAAAUGAUAUAAUUUACAAGUUCAAUCAAAUAACUUUCAACAACUGCAUCACUGAGGUAAUGGUUGAAAGCUGCUUUGGGAAAAUGGGCCCAAGAGGGACCUCCAUCCAGGGUGAAGUGGUGUCUUGGCAGUCAAAGAUGCAAAAAUUAGAACAAACAACCUCCAGAAACUAUGUAUCACGACAUCCCCCUCGAGUGGCAAGGUUAAACCUCCUGAAAAACUACUCAUGUAGUAAAAUUGGAGGGAUCCUUGGGAAGAAACACACAAGAGGGACCCUCUUCCAAGGCCUGCAGACAUCGUGAUAUUACAAAUAGAAGAAAUUACAUUUGCAGAAAAAAAAAAAAAAGUAACGGCAGAUUCUGACACCACUCUCCACUGAGCAAAGAUCAGCUUCCAACUACAUCAGUCAGGCAAUGGUUGAAAUCUGCUU